AAUUUAUUACAGUGUGUCCAAGUUUUCAACACAGCAAUAUUUAGCCAAUCGAUGAAGUAGUUUCCCAUGUAUCCUUUUGAAAAGCAAAUGUACCAGCUACUAACUACUUAGUAUGGAAGCACAUUUCCGCCACUAAAACAAAAGAUUUGAAGGGACAGAACGUCAAAGUGAAAAUUAUGUCAUAAUAAUUACCUAUACAUUAUAGUUAUCACUUACGUUUCUUCUCUUUUCUGAGAAAGUAUCAUCAUCAUUUUGAAAACCAACGAGAUACUGUAACAGUAUGUGUGUUGUUUUAUUCAAACGAUUAUUAGAAGUGCUAACAUUUGAACCCAGAGCAUUUGUCACUGAUGCUGGUGCAGGCUGCUUGUCGAUAGGGGGCGCCUUGGUAACACAGCAGAGGGUAUUUAAAGCCCAGCAGCAGGUCCCGUCUUCUCAGUACGUUCAGGCGCAGUCAUGUCGCGUCCUUCCUGCGGACUCCAGCUCUUUGCGCUUCUGAUGCUACUGAGCCGGAGCAGCUCCGCUGUUCACAACGACGCCACCGAGUCCGACAGCACUCAGCUGCCCCACGGGGCUCAGGACGAGCCGGACGAUGGAGACACGAACCACGCGAGGAACAGCGGGAGACGGCCGGCUGACCCUGUGCGUAAUGGCCCAGACCAGAGCCAGGUGGGCUGCAGGGAGCUGAGGUCCACCAAGUACAUAUCCGAUGGCCAGUGCACCAGCGUCAACCCCAUCAAGGAGCUUGUAUGUGCUGGGGAGUGUCUGCCGGCUCAACUGCUGCCCAACUGGAUUGGCGCUGGGGGUCACACAGGGAGCUACUGGAGCCGGCGGGACGCUCAGGAGUGGCGUUGCGUCAUUGACCGGACCCGGACACAGCGGAUCCGACUCCAGUGCCAGGAUGGCAGCGCCAGGACCUACAAGAUAACUGUGGUGACUUCUUGCAGGUGCAAGCGCUACUCCAGGCAACAGAAUGACUCGGGACACAAGGACACACCUGUCCUCAGCGAGAAACAGAAAAAAACUCAGAAGAAGGCAGGACUGCCUGAGGAGAGAGCCGAGAUACAGUCUGACAAUUAAUAUCAUGAAGUCUGUAGACGAUGCGCCUACCGCCAUGUCAAGUUCCUCGUAUGUCUAACAAUAAAUGUUCCUGAUUCCUGAAAUCGAAGCGUGUACAUUGUAACCAAAUGAUUAACCCUAACCCUAACCCUAAGUCAACAAUGUAGAUUGGUCUCCAAAUGAAAUACUGUCACCUAGAGAAAUGUGCUUAAACAAUAUUUCACGGGAGGAAUAGUCCCGCAUUUAAAAAUGAGAUGUUCAGAUGGUCUCAGUCUAUUUUUGGUUGGAUUCUUGUUAG